GUCUCCGGCUUCUCGGUCAGAGCGGAGCAUCUCUGACCGCAGCUCCUCUCUGCAGCUCAGCUGUCAGCAGUCGGUGUGGGACCGGACACGGUGCGCGAGCCGCUCGUGGAGCCGUGGUUACCGGGGCGAUACAGCGGGUUGUUGUGUAGCUGUGGCUGGACACGAGUGAAGAUGGUCCGGGCAGGAGGUAUUCUGAAGCUAGCAGCGCUGGUCUCGGCCUUCCUCUUCGCUGUCUUCCUCACUUUUCAGCUGCUGGAGACGAACAUGGAGUUUGAUCUGAGCAGCAUAAUAUCAAGAUCUCAGCCAGUGAAUGAUGUCUCAACAAAGCCAGGUGUAGUCAGACACAAGUGCGGCCUCUCCAAGUUGUGUCCACCCAACCACUUUGCCUUCAAGAUGGCGAGCGGAGCAGCCAGCGUGGUCGGGCCCAAAAUGUGCCUGGAGGACAAAAUACUGAUGAGUGGCGUGAAGAACAAUGUGGGGAGAGGAAUCAACAUCGCCCUUGUUGACGCGAAAACGGGGGAGGGAACCAGAACAGCGAAUUUUGAUUUGUGGGCAGGAGAUGUGGCUCCCUUCAUCAAAUUCCUGAAUGAAAUUGAAGAUGGUACAAUCGUGAUGAUGGCUUCAUUUGAUGACUCCUCAACAAAACUUACUGUUGAAGCCAGGAAACUAGUAGCUGAUCUGGGCAGCUCGGAAAUUGAUAACUUGGGCUUCCGCGAUAACUGGAUCUUUGUAGGAGGGAAAGGCAUCAAAACCAAGAGUCCGUUUGAGCAGCAUAUAAAGAACAAUGCAGGGACCAACAAAUUUGAUGGCUGGCCCGAGGUGCUGGAGAUGGAAGGCUGCAUACCACAGAGACUAGACUGACGAACCAGCGCAUUUACUGUUGCCCUCCGUCCGACACCCUCUCCAGACAUUUCUGUCCUCACCAGACUGUUUUUACUGCUGACACGUCUCAGGGGCUGAGAGCUAAUUUUUCCACCUCUCGCCCCCUGAAAACUUUUUAUUCCCCCUCGCAGAUUAACAUCCCUCCGGAAGAGCUGCCUUGAAACUUCAGUCUGUCCUGACCUCUGACCUUCUUGCACUUCUCCUUAUGCUUGGAAACCGUAACAUAAACGCCUGUGGGGGCCUGUAAUUGCAGCGUUAUUAGGUAGAGAGCACUGAUUAGACAGACUUUUGAUUAUUUGCAUUCAGUCACACUCUGUAUUUAUAACGUCCACAGACCGAGCGUCAUAGCAUGUUGCAUAAUUGAACUGCUGUUAAUCGCACCGGAUGUGUUAGCCCGUUAUUAUUAUAUAUAUUCGUUCUUUGUGUGGGAGGGGGGGUGUAGUGUUGAGUAGGGGAGGCGGCCUCGUUAUGAUAUAAUUACCAAAUGCACCAAAUUCACUGUGAAAUUUGUAAAUAUGUCUUUAGAGGAGGAACCAGAUUUGACAGAUCCUCAUUUAACGAACAUUGUAAUAAUAAUAUAAUUUCUUUAAAUAAAUGACAUUGUUAAUAAUA